UAGAGUGCAGACGAUUUUACUGACGUAGAAUCGCCAGGACAAUGGCGGUUUUGAAAACACUGCUGUUUCUAAAGUUGGUAGUACUUUACUUUUCUUUUAUCACUUCAGCAUCUGAAACUGACGAUUACAUCAUAGAUGGAGUAAAUCUGGAUGACAAGAGUGAUGAUGUCCCAACUGUUGAAGAAGAUAAAACGUGGCCCGGUUUUCCCUACCUAGGUCAAGUAUCCGGUAUUGUAGUAGAUGGAGAUGGUAACCUUCAUAUUUUUCACAGAGGUGACCGAGUAUGGGAUGCUCAGACUUUUGAUCGAAGUUACAGAUUGACAGACACUGAACAAGGUCCCAUUCAAAACGAUACCAUUGUAGUAGUGGAUCCCAAUAAUGGAAAAGUAUUGUAUAGUUGGGGAGCAGGCAGGUUUUACAUGCCGCAUGGACUAACUGUGGAUAAACAUGGAAAUACCUGGGUGACGGACGUAGGUUUGCAUCAAGUGUUCAAAUUUCCUGCUCGUGAAUUAAAUCCAGAAUUGGAACUUGGAGAACCUUUUGUUCCUGGAGCAGGAAAAAAUCAUCUUUGUCAACCUUCAGACGUAGCAGUGACAUCCAAUGGAUAUUUCUUUGUUAGUGAUGGAUAUUGUAACUCCAGACUACUCAUGUUUUCGCGCAAUGGUCGACUCUUGAAAGAAAUUGGAUCGAAAGAUGGAAUGAAUGUUCCCCAUAGUCUCACACUUAUACCUGAACAUGAUGCAGUUUGCGUAGCAGACAGAGAAAAUUCGAGAAUUCUUUGUUAUUCUACUGGCACUGAUGGCACUACUGCUGGUGUACCUCUGGCAAGCAUUGAUUCGCAAGGUCGAGUUUUUGCUUUAGACAAAAGAAGAAAACAACUGUUUGCACUUAAUGGGCCAGAUUUGUGGGAGAACACUCAAUCUGUAUCUGCUAAUCAUGGCUUGGUUAUUGAUGUCGAAUCUGGAAUUCCGAGAAUCUUAUGGGGACCAGACAACGGUUUUCUGUUUCCACAUGACCUGGCUGUAUCUCCUGAUGGCAAUUAUGUUUAUGUUUCAGAGAUUGAUUUAUCUGCCCCCAAGCGAGUGUAUAAGUUCAAUAUCUGGGACUGAGACUCACAAAUAACAACGCAAUAAUAAUAAACCGCAGCAUUAAAAAUCAGUUUUUUGCAGAAAUA